UCUUAACCCACUAUAUGUAUUGUUUCUCAUGUUGUCUUUCUCACAGGAAAUGGAGCAGCGUGCACACCUUCUCAAGAAGCUUGCGUUUGUCAUUUUUUGUUCAGAAAGUGAUCAGUAUCAGUACUGUCUUCCUGAGAUCCAGGAACGCCUGGCAGAAUGUAUACGUCUACCACAGGCACCAGUACUUCACGAACAAGUCUUCUUAGCUCUACGAGUACUUCUUUUGCGCAUGUCACCACAGCAUUUGACGUCACUGUGGCCCGUGAUUAUUUCAGAAACUGUUCACGUGAUGCUACAGCUUGAAAGCGACCUAUCAACGGACGAUAAGUCACAUGAUCAGCGCAUGCUCAUUUCCGAGACGCUCCUGGGCACUAACGGUUACGUUAGCUAUAGUCAAGAGAAGUGGCUUGGGCUCUACUUGGCUGCUUUUAAGCUUCUUGAUCUUACUUUAUCGUUACCUGGCGACCGAUUGCCUCAUUUCCAGAUGUACCGCUGGGCGUUCGAGGGUGGUGAAGUGAAUUGUAGUUCAGCUAUGACAACGAAAAGCGCAAGUGGAGAUGGCAAAACAGAGAAAGUAACGAUAUUCAAGCCGCAUAUCGCUCGCAUAUGGAAACUCUUACGAAAACGUUGUCGGAAACCCGAAGACAUCACGGACUUACAACGAACGUCUGGUCGACCACUUCUCACCAUGUAUCAAAUAAAAUCACUGGACCAGUUGUUACCAUUCCUCAAGUGUCUCUCAAAGCCAAAUCGGUCAGAAUUGGUUGCAGAGGACUCGAAAACAAAAGGAGGAUCUCAAGGAGUCGUUUUAUUUGAAAGGAUUGUGGAACGGGAUUUCCUUGAAUCACUAAUUGCUGACUAAUUACAUUUUAUUGAGCACGUGGUCUUGGGAUCCCUGUAUAAAAAUAUUUAAUGAGUUCGUUGAAUUACAAAAAUAUGCUAAAUAUUGCUAAUGAUAUUUAAACUUGAAUAAAUACUUUAAAAAAUCUUUUUUUUUCAACAAUAUGUAUGUUAGUUUGUAAAUUUUCAUUUUCGAGAAUUGAUAAUACGACAAUCCAAUGUAGAUAUUUUGAAUAAUUUCCAAAAUAAUAGCGAACUGCUAAAACAUUAUGGUGUAUUAUUUUAAAAGCUAUGUUUUGUAAACGAAUCAAUAUUUAAUCUAGUUUAUAUUAUAUGAAUAUCUAUGAGAAUUUCGAGUUAAACUCUGUUGGAUCAAGACAUGUAUAGUAUAAUUAAACGGUGGAAGUCACGAUGCUUCGCCGAGGAGAGGCUCGAUAUCGAACUGUGGUUUCUAUAGGAGGUAAUGGUUUUUUUAGAUUAAUGCUGUAGAAUUAUUGUAAAAGUAAUGGAAAUUUGCAUUAUAAAUUCUAUAAAUAAUAAAAAUAAAUCUUGAAGGA